GGAGGCGGUGGCAGGGACCGCCUGCGAGUGCGCCCGCUGCUCUGUCCCGGCUCGCUAGUCGCCGGAGCCCCGCCGUGCUGUCGCUGGUGAAUCACUGUGUAUGGUCCUUCCUUGGCCUCUACUGGAAAGCAAUUGUCCAGCAUUUUGGUGUGUGGGACACGUGACUAUCAGUAAUCAUGAAGAACCCAUUUUCACACCUUGCUGAGCCUUUGGAUCCUGCACAACCAGGAAAGAAAUUCUUCAAUUUGAAUAAAUUGGAGGAUUCAAGAUAUGUACGCUUACCAUUUUCAAUCAGAGUUCUCCUGGAGGCAGCUGUUCGGAACUGUGAUGAGUUUUUGGUGAAGAAAAAUGACAUUGAAAAUAUUCUAAAUUGGAAUAUCAUGCAGCAUAAGAACAUAGAAGUACCAUUUAAGCCUGCUCGUGUCAUCCUACAGGACUUUACGGGUGUGCCAGCUGUGGUUGACUUUGCUGCAAUGCGUGAUGCUGUGAAAAAGUUGGGAGGAGAUCCAGAGAAAAUAAACCCUGUCUGUCCUGCUGAUCUUGUAAUUGACCAUUCUAUCCAGGUUGACUUCAACAGAAGGGCUGACAGUUUACAGAAGAAUCAGGACCUAGAAUUUGAAAGAAAUAAAGAACGAUUUGAAUUUUUAAAGUGGGGUUCUCAGGCUUUUCGCAACAUGCGGAUUAUUCCCCCUGGUUCAGGAAUCAUCCACCAGGUGAAUCUGGAGUACUUGGCAAGAGUGGUGUUUGAUCAGGAUGGAUAUUAUUACCCAGAUAGCCUCGUGGGCACAGAUUCACACACUACCAUGAUUGAUGGUUUGGGUGUUCUUGGUUGGGGUGUGGGUGGUAUCGAAGCAGAAGCUGUCAUGCUUGGUCAACCGAUCAGCAUGGUGCUUCCCCAGGUGAUUGGCUACAGGUUGAUGGGAAAGCCCCAAGCUCUGGUAACAUCCACUGACAUUGUGCUCACCAUUACCAAGCACCUCCGCCAGGUUGGGGUUGUGGGCAAAUUUGUCGAGUUCUUUGGGCCAGGAGUAGCCCAAUUGUCCAUUGCUGAUCGAGCUACAAUUGCAAACAUGUGUCCAGAAUAUGGAGCAACAGCUGCCUUUUUCCCAGUUGAUGAAAUUAGUAUCAAGUACCUGGUGCAGACAGGUCGGGAUGAAAACAAAGUCAAGCACAUUAAAAAGUAUCUUCAGGCUGUAGGAAUGUUUCGAGAUUUUAGUGACUGCUCUCAAGACCCAGACUUCACCCAGGUUGUGGAAUUAGAUUUGAAAACAGUUGUACCUUGCUGUAGUGGACCCAAGAGGCCUCAGGACAAAGUCGCUGUGUCUGACAUGAAAAAUGACUUUGAGACCUGCCUUGGAGCAAAGCAAGGAUUUAAAGGAUUCCAAGUUGCUGCAGACCAUCACAAUGCCCAGAAGACAUUUAUCUACAAUAAUAGUGAAUUCACCCUUGCUCAUGGUUCUGUGGUAAUUGCUGCCAUUACUAGCUGCACAAAUACCAGUAAUCCAUCUGUGAUGUUAGGAGCAGGAUUAUUAGCAAAGAAGGCUGUGGAUGCUGGCCUGAAUGUGAAGCCAUAUAUCAAAACCAGCUUGUCUCCUGGCAGUGGAGUGGUCACUUACUAUCUGCGAGAAAGUGGAGUCAUGCCUUACCUGUCUCAGCUUGGGUUUGAUGUGGUGGGCUAUGGCUGCAUGACCUGCAUUGGCAACAGUGGACCCUUACCUGAACCUGUGGUAGAAGCCAUCACUCAGGGAGACCUAGUAGCUGUUGGAGUACUAUCUGGGAACAGGAACUUUGAGGGUCGAGUCCACCCUAACACUCGGGCCAACUAUUUAGCGUCUCCUCCCUUAGUAAUAGCAUACGCAAUCGCUGGGACCAUCAGGAUUGACUUUGAGAAAGAACCACUGGGGACAAAUGCAAAGGGACAACGAGUAUUUCUGAAAGAUAUCUGGCCCACUCGAGAUGAGAUCCAGGCGGUGGAGCGACAGUAUGUCAUCCCUGGGAUGUUUAAGGAGGUCUAUCAGAAAAUAGAGACUGUGAAUGAAAGCUGGAAUGCUUUAGGAGCUCCAUCAGAUAAGCUGUACUUCUGGAAUCCCAAAUCUACAUAUAUUAAAUCACCACCAUUCUUUGAAAAUCUGACUUUGGAUCUUCAGCCCCCUAAAUCUAUAGUGGAUGCCUACGUUCUAUUAAAUUUGGGAGAUUCGAUAACAACUGACCACAUCUCUCCAGCUGGAAAUAUUGCAAGAAAUAGCCCUGCUGCUCGUUACUUAACUAAUAGAGGCCUAACUCCUCGAGACUUUAAUUCCUAUGGCUCCCGCCGAGGGAAUGAUGCCAUCAUGGCACGGGGAACCUUUGCCAACAUUCGCUUGUUAAACAAAUUUUUGAACAAGCAGGCACCACAGACUAUACAUCUUCCUUCUGGAGAAACUCUUGAUGUAUUUGAUGCUGCUGAGCGUUAUCAACAAGCAGGCCUUCCCCUAAUUGUUCUGGCUGGCAAAGAGUAUGGCUCAGGUAGCUCCCGAGACUGGGCUGCCAAGGGCCCUUUCCUGCUGGGAAUCAAAGCUGUUUUAGCUGAGAGUUAUGAGCGCAUUCACCGCAGUAAUUUGGUUGGAAUGGGGGUGAUCCCCCUUGAAUAUCUCCCUGGUGAGAAUGCAGACACCCUGGGACUCACAGGACGGGAACGAUACACUAUUGUCAUUCCAGAGAACCUCAAACCACAAAUGAAAGUCCAGGUUAAGCUGGAUACUGGAAAGACCUUCCAGGCUGUCAUGAGGUUCGACACUGAUGUGGAGCUUACUUAUUUCCACAACGGAGGCAUCCUCAACUACAUGAUACGCAAGAUGGCCAGGCAGGCCCUUGUUUCUUAGAAGAUCCGCACUAGGUGUUGCACCCCAUGGGAUCCCAGCCAGCUGGGGCCCUAGUGGAGAAACUUCCUUGCAGACAGCAAGUAAACACUGCAUUUUGGGUGCCAUUCCUGGAGGCACAAAGCCAAAAGUUUCUACAUUCUCUGUUAUUGUUAAUCUUUGAAUCUUUUUCUAGAAUUUGGACGCUGUAAUCAUGGGAAGAUCAGUAACGCAGAAAGAGAACCUGUCUUUAAAUCAGUGACAUUGAUUUGUUUUCACUCUUCCCUAUUAAUUUUCAGCUAAGCCCUAGCAAGUCUUCUCGGAAGAUGUCUCCUACCCUGUUUUCCCUCCUACCCUUCCCUUGCUCUUCUGUUUUCCUCUGAUCAGUGAAACCCUUCUCUUAAGGGUUCUGUUCCUUUGCAAUUUAUACCAGUGUUAAUUGGCAUAGGUAGGUAAGAACUUUUUCACCCUUCAAAUCAUGGUAGUGAUUGUGAUCCCCCUUCAGAGUGAGUAAUCCAGAUGCCUCAUGGUCAGGUCAAACGUUGAAUUUUUUGAUGAUGUACCUUUUGAUGGAUCCACAUAACAGUAAAAAUUUUUCUUUAUUAUGUUCAGAAAUUUUCCCCAGGAAACAUUUUAUCUGUCAAGGAGACUUUUGUUUGGAGAUGGAUUGGGAGACAUAGAACAUUUCUGAUUUGAAUAAGAUUAAAUAUAUUUUCAUGGAAAAUUUGUUGACUUUGAAAUCCAGUUUUACAAUAUUUAAAGCACUUUCAUCCUGAAGUCUGAAUGACUUUCAUGUUCUCCUAUUUCUAAACAUACCUCUGGACUGUGCAGAUACAGAAGAAGUGUUGAGGAACUACUACAUUUCCUGCCCUGUUUGGGAGCAGCAGAUGAAGGAAGAGUAGCCUGGUACCUGGUAGCAGUAGCAAGGAUGUUGAGAAUAGUGGGCAGAUUAGCUUUAGUGUUUAUUUGCUCAUUUGUAUCACUAAAUCCAUUUCAGGGCAUGUCUUAGUCUGCAUGGGCAGCCAUAACAAAAUACUACAGACUGAGUGACAAUCAGCAGAAAUUGAUAUUCUUGCAGUUCUGAAACCUGGGAAAUCAAGAUUCUACCUCCUUCAGUUUGUGGUGAGCAUUCUCUUGACCUUGUAGGUCAAGACUUAUAGGUGACUUUUCCUUGAUAUGCACCAGAAGAAGGAAAGGGAGAGGAUUGUCUUUCUGGUGUUUUAGAAGAACACUAAUUAUAUAGGAUAACAGUCCCAUCCUUAUGACCUCAUUUAAUAUUAAUUAAGUCUAAAUUAUUUUUCUUAAGAGUUGCUAUUUCCACACUACCAUUGGGGUUAGGGCUUCAACAUAUGAAUUUUGGGAGGACACAAACAUUCAGUUCAUGACAAGGUACCUUAUAGUUAAUCUUGUAAUAAGUUCACAUUUUAAUAUAAUGUUAGCAAUAUAGGAAAAGUAUUAGUGGUUCCACUGUAGUUAUCAGGGAGGUUAAAUAAUAAUUUACAAGUCUAAUAUAUAGAAGUGCCAAGAUUUCAAAGCUGAUUUUCUAAAUGGCUGACAGUUAACAUCUGGAAUGUAUGGGACUUCCAAAUCUUAGCAAUUUGUAGAUCAGGUGUAAAUUUCUUUAAUUCCCUCCCUGACUGUUCUCUUUCUCUCUCCCCCCUCUGGAAGCCAGCCUGCUGCCUCUUACCCUCUCAUGCUGUGGGCCUGCUCACCUGUGCCUUUGGGGUUCCCUAUCUCGUGAGAACCAGAGAGCUAAAGAGCUGAGCCUUGGCUCCAAUCCAGCCAGUGCUUCUGUUAUUGAUUAAAGUGGAAUGUGUUUUGAAUUUUUUUUCUUUGUUUUAAUUGACAAGUGAAAAUUAUGUUUAUUAUAUAUGUUUUAAAAAUGCAUAAACAUUGUAGAAUGGCUAAAUAGAGCUUAUUAACCUAUGUAUUGCCUUGCAUAUUUUUUGUAGUGAUAAUACUUAGUGAUUUCCAAGAAUAUAUUAACUAUGAUCACCAUGUUGUACAAUGGAGCUUUUGAACUUAUUCCUCCCAAAUGAAAUUUUGUAUCCUUUGA